AUGGUUGCGCCUAUUCGAGUCGUGCCCAAUGCGGCCGUACGUGCGGGCAGCCUCCUCCGCACCAUCCAGUACACGCAUCCGCCUUCGUGCCCGUGCCACUCCAACCCGGGAUAUCAUCAGUCCCCGCCGACGCCGCUGUCGCGGCCCUCGUCCAGCCGGGGCUCCCGCCGCUACGCGACGCCCACCAAGACGGGGGAGACGCUCAAGGAGUACGCUUUUGAGAUGGCGGCUUCGUCGAUUCGCUUUGGGCCCGGCGUCACCAAGGAGGUCGGCAUGGACUUUGCCAAUCUCGGCGCCAAGCGCGUCGCCGUCGUCACCGACCGCACGGUGGAGAAGCUGGACGCCAUGAAGCAGGUCGUCGAGGGCCUCACCCGCGAGGGCAUCCCCUUUGAAGUCUUUUCGGACGUUCGCGUCGAGCCCAAGGACAGCUCAGUCAAGGAGGCCAUCGCUUGGUCGCGCCCGUACCAGCCAGACGCCUUUCUCGCUGUCGGUGGCGGCUCAGUCAUGGACACGGCCAAGCUCAUGAACCUGUAUACCUGCUACCCCGACGCCGACUUUCUCGACUUUGUCAAUGCGCCUCUCGGAAAGGGCCGGCCGGUCGACAAGCCACUGAAGCCUCUCAUUGCUGUGCCCACCACGGCCGGCACUGGUAGCGAGACCACCGGUACCGCCAUCUUUGAUCUCGUCGCCAAAAAGGCAAAGACUGGUGUUGCCCACCGCAACCUGAAGCCCACUCUGGGCAUAUGCGACCCUCUCAACACGAGGACCAUGCCGUCGGCCGUCAAGGCCAGCUCUGGUUUGGAUGUACUGUGCCACUCGCUCGAGUCUUGGACCGCCAUUCCCUACAAUGAGCGAACUCCUCGUCCGGCAAACCCCCUUUUGCGACCUGCCUACCAGGGCGCCAACCCCAUCUCUGACGUUUUCUCUUUCCACGCUUUGCGCGCCACUGUCAAGUAUCUUCCUCGGGCCGUUCGAGAUCCCGAGGACUUUGAAGCUCAGAGCGAGAUGCUUCUAGCUUCUACGCUAGCGGGCGUUGGGUUUGGUAACGCUGGUGUCCAUCUUUGCCAUGGCAUGUCCUAUCCAAUCUCGGGACAGAACCCCGCCGGAUACAGACACGCUGGCUACGAACUUCCUGCACCGCUUAUCCCCCAUGGUGUCUCAGUCGCAGUCUCGGCCCCAGCCGUCUUCCGUUUCACUGGCGCUUCGAAUCCCGAACGCCAUCUUGCCGCCGCCGAAGUUUUUGGUGUCGACAUUUCAAACGUCAAGCGCGAGAGCGCUGGUGAAGUCCUUGCCGAGGCGCUUAGCAAGUUCCUGGCCGAUCUUGGCGAUCAGCCCAGCGGUCUUAAAGAUCUCGGUUUCGGUAGCGAGCAUAUUGAGGCUCUGGUCGAGGGCACUCUCCCUCAAGCCCGCGUCCUCAUGCUUGCGCCCGGCCUGGCCAAAGAGCUGGAGACCGAGCGCGAUCAGCUCAGGACGCUCUUUGAAAAUGCCCUGUCACACUAG